CAAAAGAAGGAGAGCGUCGCAAAUUUCACAUUACGUCUUAAACAAGGUGCUGCUCACUGCGAGUAUGGCGAAUUUUUAGAUCGGAUGCUUAUAGAGCAACUACUACAUGGACUCGACUCGCGCGAAAUGUGCGAUGAAAUUAUCGCAAAGAAACCAACAACGUUUACGCAAGCAUACGAAAUUGCUAAUACACUCGAAGCAACGCGAUCUACAUCUAACGAGGUUAAAACGGCCGAGACUUCAGAAACAGUGGAAAAAACGCAUAAAGUUAAGCAGGCACCGGUGAAAACUAAAUAUAAUAAACAAUUCUCGCGUUACAGGUCACGCUCACGUAGUAAAAGCCUACAUCGGAAUCAAUUUGCUAACGCUCGAGAUGGUAACAAUCCGCAUCCAUGUCAAGGAUGUGGAGAGCGACACAGACGAGUUUCAUGCCCCUUUCGGAAAUCGGUGUGUCAUAAGUGCAGCAAAGUUGGGCACAUUGCUAAAGUAUGCAGAUCUGGUAAAACUAUUCAAGCGGUACAAGAUGCAAAUCAGGCAACUACAACGGCUCUUCCAGCAGAACAUGUCGAUACGAUUCAACAAUUUAGUAAAAUCGAAGAAAUUCAUGCAACUAAAGUUUUGAACAAGCAAAUGAUUAUGGUCAAGAUCGACGGUCAUGAAUUGGCGAUGGAACUGGAUACAGGAGCACCAUGCAGCAUUGUUAAUGAAAAUAUAUUGCGCUUAAUUAAACCUGAUUUCAAGCUAUGCUCUACGGAUCGGAAGUUUGCCAGUUAUACGGGUCAUCACAUCGAAUGCAUGGGAUAUCUACCAGUCAACGUCUCACUGGGUACAACUUCGCGUAAACUUAAACUGUACGUUGUUAAAGAGCCUUUCGACACUCUUUUAGGACGAGAAUGGAUAGCAGAAUUCACUGAAGAAAUUAAUCUUAACAAACUAUUUUCGGCUUCAAACACAAUCCAUUCACUAAGCACUGAGCCACCAUCGUUAUCCACGGAACAGAAUAAACAACUCGAACACCUUUUGGCUCGCUAUGAGAACAUUUUUAGCAACACUCCAGGCAAACUAACAGGCUCUCCAGUUUCAGUACACUUUAAACCUGGAGCUACACCAAUUUUUUCCCGCGCACGUGAAGUACCUUUAGCUCUUCGCGAUGAAUAUGCUAAGGAGAUCGAGGCCAAGCUUGCAUCAGGAUUUUACGAGAGAGUAGAAUUUUCAGAAUGGGCUUCCACAACACACAUUGUGACCAAGAAAAACGGGAAAAUACGCAUCACGGGCAAUUAUAAACCGACUCUCAACCAAUGCAUUGUGAUCGACGAACAUCCCAUUCCAAAACCUGAGCACUUAUUUAAUAAAAUGAAAAACGCUAACCUCUUCUGCCAUUUAGACAUUACGGAUGCCUAUACGCACUUACCAGUAGAUGAAAAAUUCGCACACGCACUGACAUUAAAUACACCAACUCACGGAUUAAUUCGCCCCAAGCGCGCAGUCUACGGUGCAGCGAACAUACCAGCGAUAUGGCAACGUCGCAUGGAAACUGUUCUUCGGGACCUACCCAAUGUAUUAAAUUUCUUCGACGAUAUACUGCUAUUCGCAGAUGGAUUUGAUAACUUAAUGAUAAUCCUGGAUAAGACAUUGGAACGUCUUCAAUCACAGGGACUUCGUCUCAACCGCACUAAAUGCGUCUUCGCUUCUACAGCAGUCGAAUUCUUGGGUCAUAAAAUCGACUCCCACGGAAUCCACAAAUCAGAUAAACAUAUUGAGGCGCUUAGAGAUGCACCGAAGCCGUCUACUAAAGAAGAAUUACA